CAGAGUAUCAAAGUCUCUUCCCUCCCCCCCUUUCUUUUUCUUUCUUUACACCCUCGUAGCUGCUUUUCUUCUCUUCUCACCGGCGGCUCCUAGCAGAGCUUUGGAAGCGGAUUUUCAUUUAUUUCAUUUUACCCCCUGUUUGCUGGAUUUUCUUUCAUUUUUCUCUCUGUCACCAUUUCUCGGAGAUCCUUGGAACCGGGAGGUGGUGGUUUUCUUUCAUUUUACCUCAUUCUCAGUGGGGUUUAUUUCUUUUUACCCACUGGUUUUGUAUCUUUCAAAUCCAUACCCAUUAACUUCAUUUAUAGGGAAGUGGGUUUUCUUUCUUUUAGAACCUUGUUGUUGUGUUUUCUUUCAUUUUAACCCCUGUUAUUGCAUCUUUUAAAUACAUGGGCAUUUUUUUUUCAUUUCUAGGAUUAUAUUUUAAUUUUAAGGAAGUGGGUUUUCUUUCUUUAAGAACUUUGUUGUUGUGUUUCCUUUCAUUUUAACCCCUGUUAUUGCAUCUUUCAAAUACAUGGGCAGGAUUAUAUUUUAAUUUUAAGGAAGUGGGUUUUCUUUCUUUUACACCCUUGUUUCUGAGUUUUAUUGCCAUUUACACCUGUUGUCAUAUAUUUCAAAUACAUGGGCAUUUGUCUCCAUUUCUAGGAUUUUUUUUUUUUUUUUUUUUUGAAUUUUAAGGAAGCGGGGUUUUUGGGUAAGGAGAGAUGAUUCCGCUGUUAUUUCUGGUUCUUUUCGCUGAGGGUGUGGUGGCCUUGCUUCUGAUGGUGAAAAUCGGGCCGUUGAGGGAGCUUGCAAUGAGGGGAUUGGAUCAAUUGAAAACUGGGAAGGGUCCGGCGACAGUGAAGACGCUGGCUUGCACGUUGUCGGUGAUCCUGGCAUCGAGUGUCAUGAGCAUUUUGAAAAUACAGGACCGGGGUUCAAAGAUUGGGACCGUCACACCAAUGGAUCAGGUCCUCUGGAGGACCCAUCUUCUCGAGGCGUCACUCAUGGGUUACGCCCUCUUUCUUGGAUUCGUCAUUGAUCGCUUGCACCACUAUCUUCGAAAGCUAUUUGGUUUGAGGACGACAGUUGGAGCUUCCAAACAGGAAGUCGAGAAACUUCAGAAAGAGCACAAACAUUUCAAAGAAAAGGAAGAGAGAGCUUCCCAGGAAAUAAGGCUGCUUCAGGAGGAGGUCUCUAAUCUAACGGAGAAGCUUCAAAAAACGAAAUUGGAAUUGGAAGAAAAGGAGAAACAGGCUGCGUCUGCGGAAGCUCAUGUCUCUGCACUUCAAAAACAAGCCGAGGACCUACUUCUCGAGUAUGACCGUCUGUUGGAGGACAACCAAAACCUUCAGAGCCAGGCCCUGGCAUACAGAGGUUGAGGGCCUUUGAUGGAAAUGGGUUUUGGAAGCUGAGAAUACUAUACCAUUGCUUGGCUCGAUCAGACUUCCCCUGGACUGGAAACUUGCCAUGUUGAGAUUAGUUUUUUCAGUAGUUAAAAUAGGGAGGUUCUGUUUCGUCGAACGCCAUUGAAAAUUUUGUAAUUCACCGCUGUUGUAGGAAGAUGUUCGUCUCUCAUGUUUUCCUCGUCUUGUAUUUGCUCUGUUUUGGUUUUUUGCCUAAUUGAGAUGAUAUUGAAUUUUGAAAUAGAACAGGGUGUCCGCGGAAGGAAAAGAAACGAAAGGAUGAUUACUGUUUUCACAGGCUGAUUAAACAAGGCAGCCAUUAACAUAUAGGUCCUUGAAAGCUUCCUCUAAUAUAUAUUUUUUGUUGUA